UCUUCCACGGGAUAAUAAUGCAGAUGAAUUUCAGCAUGCGAUCGUGUUCUCUGGCGUCCAAAUCGGCACAUUGGUUGCAGCCCGCGUCACGGGCUGACGGCACGCCUCCCCUCUCGUCGCGUCUCGCCCGUGUUGAGGAAGUAAGUGCAGUUCACAAGGAGCCAGGGAAGUGCCGAGUUGACCGUUUGUCUGUGUCCAGUAGGUGAGCUGCUGACGGGCGGAUCGUGCCGAGCACCGGCGAGAUGGCGUUGGCCGGCGGAGAUGCUCGCGGCGAGCUCGUCUGCGUCACCGGCGGCAGCGGCUUCGUCGGCUCCUGGCUCGUCCGCCUCCUCCUCGACCGCGGCUACACCGUCCACGCCACCGUCCAGAACCUCCAGGACGAGGGCGAGACCAAGCACCUGCAGGCUCUGGAUGGCGCAGACACGCGGCUCCGGCUGUUCCAGAUGGACCUCCUCGACCCCGCCUCCGUCCGGCCGGCGGUCGAGGGCGUCCACGGCGUCUUCCACCUGGCCUCCCCCGUGAUACUGCAGCCCGCACAAGACCCCGAGAACGAGCUGCUGCUGCCGGCGGUCAAUGGCGCGCUCAACGUCCUCCGCGCCGCCAGAGACAGCGGCGUCAAGCGUGUCGUGAUGGUGUCUUCGCAGACGGCCAUGUGUCCGACGACUGCCGACUGGCCUGCCGGCAAGGUCAUAGACGACGACUGCUGGGCCGACGUUGAGAUCCUCAAGAAACUCGAGCUUUGGUACAACGUCUCCAAAACGCUGGCGGAGAAGGCGGCGUGGGACUUCGCCGGAGAGGAAGGACUGCAGCUGGUUGUGCUGAAUCCAGGGCUGGUGCUGGGCCCGACGUUGACCCCGGCACCUACUGGCAGUCUCCGUCUGCUGAUGCUGCUUCUGGGAGGCCAGAAGCUCGACAUGGAACCCUUCUUCGUCGGCUGCGUGGACGUCAGAGAUGUGGCACAAUCUCUGGUGGUGCUCUAUGAGAACCCGUCGGCGCAGGGGCGCCACCUGUGCAUGGAGUCCGCCGUACGCCUCGUCGAUUUCCACGAUGAACUUGCUAACCUUUACCCUGAAUUCCCGGUUCACAGGAUCCAGGAGGACAAACAGGGCUGGGUGGUGAGGUCGAAGGCUCCGUCCAAGAAAUUGAUCGAUUUGGGCGUUCGUUUCACCCCAUUCGACAAAACUGUCAGGGACACGGUGGAUUGCCUAAGGAGCAAAGGAGAAAUCUAGCCUGUGACCUUGAACAAAUAUACAUUUUGUGUAUGCCAGGUUUGAAAACUGUUGCAGGAAAAAAUUUCUGCUGUAUGAACUGCCGCCGUGCAUGUAACCAUGAUCAAUAAUGCAUGUUUUCCAUUUCAUGUUUCAA